ACUGAAUCAACCAGACUUUGCGCGACGGCCUUUAUUCACUCAACCUCGCCAGCCCGCUCAGCCCGCUCUAUUCUCUCGGCCUUCGCCGCUUAACCAGCACAGACCAAAUAGUAGUCUGUUUGCAAAUCAUUCGGGCUAUGAUCGUUCGACGCAACCUGCUGCACUAGUAGCUCAGGAGAGUUAGGAACCUCUCCGACGUACUAGCCCAGUCAGAAGUAAUCAGCUUGGUCGACGACACCCCGAACUCCCAUUUCACACUCCCCGACGUAUCAACCCGCUUAGCCCGGAUACCCGCAGACGUCUGCAACAGCCGGCUAUCCCAUCAUCCGUGGCUCCAGAGCGCGCAGAGCGCGUGGCCAACUCAAUGCCUGGAGCUUGGCCUUCGGGGAUAGAUGAUGAUCGCGUAGAAGCGCGAUCGAAUAACAGCAUGGCUUUUCCGACUCGGUUCGGCGCUAAUAUUUGUAAUGCUGUCACUUAUUUACGAGACUCAUCUUAUAGUCUCUGUGUUACUCUGGGCAGCCGAAUCUUUCGUUCGCCUCGCCAGGCCUCAGUUACCGCGACCUCGUCGGCCCCUGAGGAUGGCGGACGCGCUCUUAAGCGUCGUCGAGUCGACCUUGAAGAUAUCACAGGAACGCCGGGUACCGAAGAACAAGUCACUCCUACUCAUUUAGUCGAUGAUCCUAUGGAUAUCGAUUCUCCUAGCCCUACUAAUAUCAAUAUGAGAGAUAUUAAAGUAGAGGCGUUAUCCGAAGAUACGAUGGACUCUGAGAAGCAAUACACAGACCUAGAAUCAUCGCCGUCCGUAUCUCCUAUCAUCUCACCAAAUGCCUCCGCCGCUAGUGCUGCCGCUAAAAGAGCAGCUAAGCUAUUUCCCAAUGGAAAGAAGAUCUCCCCAAAGCGAGUUCAGACUCAAACAAAAACACCUCCACCUGAAAGCCAAGAGAAAACUCAGCGAGUAGAACAUGUACCUGAUCCAGAGUGGAAACCUUUACCCCCACCAAAAUACAAGAAUAUCCUGGAGUUUUUCGAGCACGACGACGAGAUUUGCCUACCUGGCCUAGAGCGCUUGCGGCUGACGCCCAAGACAACUAAGAUUUAUGAAUUGGACUCGCAGCGCGAAGAGAGGCUACGUAUAGAGCAGGAGAAGGCAGAAAAAGAACGCCAAGAGCGACUUCGUAUAGAAGAAGAGCGACUUAACGAGUCGCUUCGCCCGCUCGGUCUACGGAGAGCGAGGUCCUCCCUUAUAACCCCGCUUAGUCACGAAUGGGAACAGAGAGCUAGGGCGUCGCCAGGGAACGGCCAUACAGAACAGCAUAAGUGGCAGGGAGCACGCCAUCGAGAUGGCGUAGAACUCACUCCACACGAUUUUGGGAGAUUAGUACCCUCAAAUGAGUGGUUGAACGACAACGACAUCCAAGCUGCCUUAGUUCACCUUGCAACAUAUAUCAACGAUAAAGCCGGUGUCCGUCCAAAGGUUGACGCACCAAAGUGCGUUGCGCUUUCAUCACAGUAUUGGUCAAACUUCCGAGCCGAACCUAGAAAGAAUGUCUACCCGCGAGGGUUAGACCGAAAUUGGGGCAUGAAGCCAGCCAAUUUUCUCGACAUCGAUACGCUGCUCAUCCCAGUCAAUCAGGGUAAUCACUGGACCGUUCUCGUUAUCCGACCUACACGUCGAACAGUCGCUUAUGUGGAUUCAUUCCAUUCACUUGGACCGCGACAUCUCACAGACGCCAAGACCUGGCUGGAAACAUUUCUGGGCAGCAAAUACGUUGCCGACGAAUGGCGCACGGAACAGUACGAUGUGCCACAACAGACAAACGGCUACGACUGCGGCAUGUUUGUUAUCACAAACUCUAUCUAUUUGUCGCUCGGCGUAGAUCCUAGCGGCUACUCUCAGGAUGACAUGCCUCUUCAGAGGCUUAGAAUCGCUGCUGUACUAUUAAACGGCGGCUUCACCGGUCCCUUCGACCUAUCACACAUAUGAUCAAGAACGAUCUGUAUCCGACACACAUAUUACUCGACAUAACGAGUGCACAACUUCAUCACUUCUUAUUAGCACUUCCUCGAAACGAAGAGGCGUUGCCAAACCACCAUUGUCUAUUAUAUUAAUAUCUUCUUCUUGGUCUGGAAUUGCAUGAAAUGGCGUUUCGGAAUAUUUUGUCGUACGCGGUUCAAUCCCGCUUAGUACUUGGUACUUAUUCAUAUUGAGAUUUGGAGAUUGGGUGGAAAUAGGGGGGGGGCGUACCCAUGCAGAAGGCAUGUGGUUUUGUUUUCUAUCGUUUUGAAACUCGGUUGGCAUCUUAAAGAUACCCCUUGAGGCAUGAAAGGACGGAGUCUGGAAAAGUCGGCUGGUUGGGAGGGAAAUGCAUUGAAAGUGGGACACGCUCGCCCCUAAAAUUGGGAGCUGGAGCAAAUUCUGGUUGUUUUUGGUUUUUGAGAUUCGAGCCGGAGUCGGGGGAGCCCCUGUGCAAACAUUGUUUAUUCACAGGCUAUGCUGGAGAUGCUCUUGCUCUCAGUCGUUUGAGAGCUGCGUAAGUCCCUAUGAAAUAAGGGCCGCUAGGUGUUCGACAUAGUUGAUAGAAAUCGACGAGUCGUUCGAACGCAACUAAUCAUAGG